AUGUCUCAGCAAAUUAGUAUAAGUAGAAUACUACAUAGUUUUCUGAAUCUUCUGCCUCAGAAAAAGAUCUACCUCAUGGCUUCGCUGAAUAAAUCUUGCUAUGACAUCAAUUUUGUGUUGAGUAAUUUUACUAAUCUAGAUGCCUUGAAUCAUUUGUAUAUGGUAACUUUUUUGUAAAUGCUUGCUUAGAAAGGAGUUGAAUACUAUGAAUUUUAGCAAGAUCAAUAAUAGGAAUAUUUUAAAUACAAAUUACAAUGGUUGAUGAAUCAUACAGUCGAAAUAGAAAAAAAGAAAUUAUUGUAAAAAAUAGAGCCAGAUGAGAAAAAUCAGGUUCAAUAAUUAAUCACUAAGAUUCAAUAGGAUAAAUAAAAUCAUUUGAAGUUAUAUUGUAAUAAAUCUAUUUCAGCUUAUAUCGAAUGA